CCUACUCAUCCGCCAUUGCAGCUGCUCAUGCUGGAAGCCGCCAAGCGGCUCAUCGCAUCACCCUCCCUCCUUGUUGUUCCCUUCGUUCCUCGCCAGAUUAUGCUCGAGAAGCACUACAAGGAGAGCCAAACUAUGGAGAAGAAGACCAUCAAGAAGGCUGAGAAGGAGAAGAAGGAGAAGAAGCACAAGAGGAAGGAGGAGGUGAAGCUUACCCUUUUGAACGCCAUCGCUUCUUACCUGGAGAGAAACGGCUUCUCAAAGACCCUUUCCGCUCUCCAAUCCGAGGCCCAACUCGAGAUUGAUGGUUGUAAGGCUUCUACUUUGAAACUGGAAGAAGUGAUUUUGAAUAUUUUGGAGUCAAGUGAUGGCCUGGAAAAAUUUGGCAUUGAGUGGUGCAGAGACCAAGGUAUGAAUGAAAAUGGGAUUAUUAAAAGGGAUGAAGAAGAGACUGCACUUGAUGCCUCUCAUCAUAUCAAUGAGAAAAAAAGAAAGAAGGGUAGCAGAGUGGUAGAUGAAAAAGUAGAAGAUAAUGAAUCUGGCAAAGGUGUUGACACAGAGGGCAAGAUAUCAGAAGAACCAUUAAAUGGGUUACAGGUAAAGUCCAAGGGAAAGAAAUCAAAAUCGUUUACUCCUGAAGAUGCCUGUGCUGAGAUCCACAAAAAGCAACAAAAAGCAAAGGACUUGGAAGUUAAAACAGACUCAAAGAAAUCAAACUCUGAUCAGGAAAAAUCAAAAAACAAAACUUCCGUGGAGGAUGCCCUUGUGGAAAUCAAAGAUGAGAAAAAAAGAAAGUUGGUUUCUGACUCUGCUGGUGAAACUAAUCAGAAAAUUCCAAUAGAAACUGGCUGUGGGAGAGCUAAUGACGGUGACCAUGAAAGUCAGUUGCCACAGUCUAAUGUAGCUGAUAAGGAGAAGAAAAAGAAAAAGCACAAAGUGAUUGAUAAUCAUGAGAAGAAUUCUGACAGCAGUGACCCUGGAAUAAUCCAGAAUGUGAUUAAAGAGAAAAUCAAGGGCUCAAAGUCUGUUACAAAGAAUUCUGAUACUUUGUCAGUGGAUUCUGAUGUAAACUAUGAAGGUGAAAAGAAAGGGAAAAGAAAAGAAAACCUUGAUUUAGUUGCUGAGCGGAUUAAAGGAAACAUUGAUUCUGUAGCUAAACAUGCAUUUACUGAGAAUCCAUCAGAGAAGUUAGACUCUAAAAGGAAGGAUAAGAAGAAAAAGAAAGAGAAGACAUCUUCUGGAGAUCAUCAUGCUAUGACCUCUGAUCAGUUAAAUGGAGGAACAUUUAAUGACAGUAAAAAAGAAAAUGGUACUGAUCAUGAAGUUCAAGUUGAUUUGAGGAAAUCUGAGCCUAGAAUGCAAACUGAUAAUAUUGAUAGCAAAGUUUCCAAGAAGAGAAAAAGAUCAUCAUCUGAGGGGACUGAAUUGGCGAUUGAUAAUGCUGAAACUGUUGAGUCCAAGCAAAGCAGAUCUCUUGGUGGCAAAGAUGAUAAAGAAAUAGGUAUACCUCAAAAGGCCAACGUAUCUCUCGCAGAAAAUGGCUGCAACAUCCUUAGCAAAAGGCAGAAAACAGACGAAAAUAAGCACAAUUUAGCAGAUUCAUCUUCUAAAGAGAUUUUUAGUAGUUCUCUGAAUAAAUAUGGCACUGUUGCUCAAGAUUCAGAGAACAAAAUAGGAAAUGAGUUAGUGGAUGCAGUUCUUGUGAAGAAUGUAAAGGAAGGUAGUAUCUCAGCAAAGUCAAUGAAGAUAGAAAGCCAUUCCGUUGAGCCAAAAACAGCUUUUCAAAGAGUAAAGAUUGAUGAGGUGAAGUUUGCUGAUGAAAGACUUCAAGAUAAUUCUUACUGGGCUAAGGGUGGUGCAGACAUUGGGUAUGGUGCAAAGGCACAAGAAGUCCUUGGGCAAGUUAAGGGGAGGGAUUUCAGGCAUGAAAAGACCAAGAAAAAACGUGGGACUUAUCGCGGAGGGCUGAUUGACCUACAAUCACAUUCAGUCAAGUUCAAUUACUCUGAUGAUGAAUGAGUAACAUCUGCAAAACAAGCAGAUUGAUUUUUGUCUGGUGAAUUGCAUAAUUUUUUCUUAAAUCGGAAACUCUUGAUUUCCCUUGGCAAUUUUUACAUGAUUGAUAUGAUGCCUAUAUUUUUAAUUAUGUAUUUGUGAAAUCUUUGUUGUCCUAUGUAAACCUGUACUUUAUAAAUUAUGUUCGAAAUCGAUUUUCCAACUUUU